UCCGUGGGCGGGACUACCGCUAAAUGACGGCGGUCUGUUGCAAUGAAAAGGCCUUUUUCGUGUGUUGUCAACGUAUAUAAGACAUCUCUGCCGCAGUUUCUUUCUUUGGAAUAAUGUCGGCUGAAUAUGAUAAUAGAGACAAUAAUGGCCCGGAGGGCAUGGAGCCAGAUGGGAUCAUUGAGAGCAACUGGAAUGAGAUCACAGACAGUUUUGAUGAGAUGAACCUGCGCGAGGCUCUGCUCAGGGGAAUUUAUGCCUAUGGUUUCGAGAAGCCCUCUGCUAUCCAGCAGAGAGCCAUUAUGCCUUGUAUCAAGGGUUAUGAUGUCAUCGCUCAGGCCCAGUCUGGCACUGGGAAGACUGCCACCUUUGCCAUUUCGAUCCUUCAGCAGAUUGAUGUGGAGCUGAAAGGCACCCAGGCUUUGGUCUUGGCGCCCACCAGGGAGCUGGCUCAGCAGAUCCAGAAGGUAGUGCUGGCCCUGGGUGACUACAUGGGAGCCAAUUGCUAUGCCUGUAUCGGCGGGACCAACAUUCGCAGUGAAGUCCAGAAGCUCCAGGCUGAAUCCCCUCACAUUGUGGUGGGAACCCCAGGCCGUGUCUUUGACAUGUUAAAUCGUAAAAACCUCUCUUCUAAGUUCAUCAAAAUGUUUGUGCUGGACGAGGCUGACGAGAUGCUUAGUCGAGGGUUCAAGGACCAGAUCUAUGAGAUUUUCCAGAAACUGGCAAGCAGCACACAGGUUGUCCUCCUGUCGGCCACCAUGCCAGCCGACGUGUUGGAAGUCACAAAGAAGUUCAUGCGUGAACCUGUCAGAAUUCUGGUGAAGAAGGAGGAGCUGACCCUUGAGGGCAUCCGUCAGUUCUACAUCAACGUGGAGAAAGAGGAGUGGAAGCUGGACACGCUGUGUGACCUGUACGAAACCCUGACCAUCACACAAGCGGUCAUCUUCAUCAACACAAGGAGGAAAGUGGACUGGCUGACCGAGAAGAUGCACGCCAGAGACUUCACCGUGUCUGCUCUGCACGGUGACAUGGACCAGAAGGAGAGAGACUUGAUCAUGAGAGAGUUCCGCUCUGGCUCCAGUCGAGUCCUCAUUACCACUGACCUGCUGGCCAGAGGUAUUGAUGUCCAGCAGGUGUCUCUGGUCAUUAACUACGACCUGCCGACCAACAGGGAAAACUACAUCCACAGGAUUGGUCGGGGUGGUCGUUUUGGCAGAAAGGGAGUUGCCAUCAACAUGGUGACCGAAGACGACAAGCGAACCCUGAGGGACAUUGAAACAUUCUACAACACCACCGUGGAGGAGAUGCCCAUGAAUGUGGCCGAUCUUAUCUAGAAGACUCCCCAUGCCCAUCGUCCACCCUCUCCCCACUUAUUUUAGCAGUCAAAACCUUGUUUUCUUACUCGAUCUGAAUUCUGAGAACUUUCUUUUGCUAAAUUCCACCAUGACUUUACCCUCUACGUUCUAAGGGAAGGAAGAAUGUGGCCAUCGUUCCUCCCUUUCCUCUGAAAUAGUUUUUUUUUUUGCGGUUUUGGAAGGAUGGAAUUACUGACCUGCUUCAUCUGCUUGCCAUAUUCCCUUACCCACAUUGGCACAUUUUUCCUGCAGCUAAUCCCUUUGAACUGUAAAAGCAUUCAUUUUGACAUUUGGCAAACAAAAGGACUUUUAACAUAAAACGAGCACGUUUGUAACUGGGUCCACACGUGCAUAACACAACUGCUUCCAAAAAGCGCAUAGAAAAAAAGCCCCAACAAAGUUAAAAGAUUCUAGUUCUGGUAGCAAAAGCUUAAAUAAAAUGAAUAACUCUGCUCACGUGCGUGGCGCUAACCCGAAGAUCUCCAAAGCUUUUGUGGAAUGCGGCAGUGAUUUUCACCGCACGCCGGCGAGAGGCUUAGACUGCAGUUCUGUUUGGACUCAAACUCUAAAUGCUCUAAAUGAAAUGGGAAGCGCUGCAUUUGACCAGAUCAGUAUUUAAGCAACCUUCAGUGUACUGCAAACAGCCUUUUAACUCCCAUCCGUGAUCAUGUUAAGAGGUUUCUGGGGCUAGAGUACACAGGGCAUAUUCAAUAAAAAGACCUAUAUAGUAAAACCCAUCAUGAAUGAGUUGUUUACCAUUUUGAUCCUUUUACUGCUGUUUCAUAUGUAUUAUAUUUUUAAUUGCUAUUGUACAUAGCGCUUGACUUGGCAGUCGCGUGUGCAGUAGCAUUCAGUUGAAGACUGAAUGGUGGCCCCAGACGCUCGGAGGCAAAACAACGGUGAGUGCUGUGGCGACUUUGCUUCUCGACCCUGACGACCUGGUUGGAUUUUCGUCUCUAACGCUUUUGACAUUGUUCAUUUAGAUUUUAUUUUUCAACACAAUAUUGGAUUUUUGAUAUGGUGGCAGGUGUCUUUGUAACCUACCUCGCCAAAUGUUAGGGGUGGGGUGGUGGGUCUUAGCUGAUUUGAAAGGACCAAACUACAGAAGUAUAUAGAGAUCCCCCCCAUCCUCUGAUCUUUCUAAGCGCUCUCUAAAAUGCCUGUCAUCAUGGGGUUUGGUGUGUAGGAGAACAGUCAUUUUUUGAGGUGUGUAGUCUGCUAUUUUUAAAAAUGACUGCGGAAUUGUUAACCUUUUGAGAUAGAAACAGUCUCACGUUUUCUACAUUGGAUUCUGUAUAGUAUUUAUUUUAAUGGUCUUUAAAAAAUUAAUAAAGGUUUCUCCAUGACAGUGUAAA